AUGAGAUGCAGGCCUGAUCCUGAUUCUGAGAGGAUAGACCAAAGCUACUCCAAGAUCGCACCAAACAACGCUGAAGCAAAACACAACCAACACGAACUAUCCAAAAUACUUCCACAUCGGAAAAUGUCCGCACUCGCUCAUCUUCCAGGCGAGAUCCGCAACCGAAUCUACGGAUUCGCCCUCCCGGCAAAGGAGGUCUACACACUGCAGUAUCCUCGGGUCAGCGGUGGUUCAGACCUACCUGACAACGCUAUAUUCGGCCUUGACCGACAGAUUCGCCACGAAGCGCUCACAUUCCACUAUCCGGACUCGAAGAUCAUCGUCGAACCCCGUCCGGGAUUCAUUCUUCAUCAAAUUCCACGCUGCCUGAGCCAACUCCCUUUCGAUGUGCUCAAGGUUGCAAAGGAGAUUGAAGUUAAAAUGGAGAUCCUACCACCACUUGAAUGGACGCGUUGGUGGCCAGGCAUCCUACUUCAACUGAGCUUCACAGUCACCGCGGAAGGCCUCUACAUCUCUCGUGCUUACUAUCGUUCAACAUCAGAGGCGCACCACAACAACGGACGCACCCUGAGCGCUGCUGGAAAUGCCGAACUGCGAACAUACAUCGACGAACAGGUAAGGAAUAUGGAGGAACUGAUGCUGACAAGACUCCAAGGCAGAGACAUGGAGAAGGCUACGGAUUCUCCGCGGAUUUCCAUCGAUUUCCCUAUAGUGGAACCACAAGGGCCGUGGGACCAUAACGCUCUUAGGCCACAGCGCAUGACUCCCUACAUUCGCUCCUCUAGAAUUGGGGCGCGCUGA